CAGUUUAAUUUCAAAUCAAAAAUAUACAUCAGGUCAACGGUUUUAUAACAAUACUUGUUCAGCCGUAUUAAAAAAUGUGUUAAACUGUAUAAAAAGUUGAUAUAUUAGUUUGUUAAAAUGGAGCACCACAAAGACCCUAUAAGUGUUCGUAUUGCCAGAAUAAACUCAGAAAUUUUAGGAACUGCAACCAAAGUAAAUGAACCAAACCUGUUAUCACGAGAGGCUCUUUUGGAUGUGUUGCAAGCUUUGUAUGAAGAAUGCUGUUUAGAAAGUCUUCAGAAGUAUGAUACUAAUAUAGAGCAGUUUGUAGAAAAGUACAAAGAAACUAUUAAACACGUUAAAAGACUGAGAGUAAACAUCACUGAUUUUGAAAUAAAAAAUGUUAUUGGAAGGGGACAUUUUGGAGAAGUACAUCUAGUAAAAGAGAAGCAAACAGGUGAUGUAUAUGCUAUGAAAACAAUGAAAAAAUUUGGCAGUGACAUCAGCAGAACUAACUUUAAAGAGGAAAGGAAUAUAAUGGCCUUUACCAACUCUUCUUGGUUAACUUCUUUGCAGUAUGCUUUCCAAGAUAGUACAUACUUGGUAUACAUUAUGGAUUAUCACCCAGGUGGUGACUUACUAGGACUAUUAUACAGACAAGGUGGGACUUUGCCAGAAAGUGCUGCAACCUUUUAUUUGGCUGAAGUGAUUCUAGCAUUAGAAGAUCUACAUUUGAUGGGAUAUGUCCAUAGAGAUAUAAAACCAGAUAAUAUUCUCUUAGAUCGAUGUGGGCAUAUUAAAUUAGCUGAUUUUGGAUCUGCUGCCAAAUUAAAUAAGAAUGGUUUAGUGACUACUGGACCUCCAGUUGGAACUCCCGAUUAUGUAGCACCUGAAGUCUUGCAGUGUUUAGAUGAGAAAACUGACCAGAAUGGAUAUGGAGUAUCUUGCGAUUUUUGGUCCCUUGGAAUUCUUGCCUAUGAGCUACCCAUAGGAAAAACUCCUUUUACAGGCCAAAAUAUGACUUCCAUAUUCUCAAAAAUAAUAAAUCACAACAAUUCUUUGAUAUUUCCAUCUGACUUUGUUGUCAGUCAAGCUUAUACAUCAUUAGUAAAAAAAUUACUAAUAGAUCAGAAUUCUAGAUUGAAUUUAUCUCAAAUAAAGGGACAUGAUUUAUUUAAAGAUAUCUCUUUUGACACUUUGAGAGACCAAGUGCCUCCUUUCGUGCCUAAAAUAACAUCUAUAGAAGACACCAGCAAUUUUACAGAUGUACAAAGCAAAAAGAAAAAUCCUAACAUGGAUUCGUUUAAAAAAAGAACACAAUUUUCUGGUAGGAACCUACCAUUUGUUGGUUUUACAUUCACACAUGAUUCUGAUUGUUGCGAACGAACUUUUGAAAGAAAAAUUUUAACCAAAGAUGGGAUUGUAGAUGGUUUAAAAAACAAAAUUGAUACACUUACAAAAAAAUUAGUAACCUGGGAAUCAUUUGAAAGUGAAAAACAGACUCUGGAGUUUAAACAAGAAGAACUGCAGAGAAAGUUAGAGAGUAUUCAAAAUUUAAGGGAUAGAUUGGAAAGAGAACUAGCUGGAAGUCUGGCAGAAUGUACUGCUCUCAAGAGAACUUUGGAACUGGAACGUAAGGAUCGCGUAGAGCUGGAAAGGAAAGCCUUGGACCUUAUCAAAUCAGCAAAAACAAAAUGGGAAACAUCGGAGAAACUAAAAGUUGAAUCUCUUACUCUUGAAAUCGAACAACAAAAAGAGAAAAUAUCAGAAUUAACAACCACGAACAAAAUGCUGAAUGAACAACUUCAACAUGCUUUGAAAUUAGAGAACAGACACAAAGAAUCUUUAGAAAAGGUCGAAUUGCUAAGCAGAAGAAGUGUUAUUGGACUAGAAUCCAGAUUAGACAAAGUAACGAGUGAAACACAUGGUACCAUAUCAGAAUUACAAAAAAAAAUAAACGAACAAGUACACAAGAAUAAUAUUCUAGAAAACAAAUUGUUGGAUAUGAAAGAUAAAGAUAAAAUACUACGAGAAAAACUGAAAUGUUCUGAAAAAGAAUAUGCCACUUGGAAAGAAUUGAUUGAUGAAGCUGAAUCACAAAUUAGAAACUUGAAUGAAAAAAUUAAUGUUUUAGAAUUAGACGUUGAAAAAAUCGAAGAUUAUAAGGAAGAGAUUACCUGUCUUAAGAAAAAAAUAGAUUGUGGGCAUAAAGCUUUUAAAGAAAUCGAAAAUAGGAAUACCCUUCUUGAGAUCGAAACCAAGACACUCGAAACAUAUAAAAAGGAAAUGGAUGAAAUGAAGAAGACGAUAGCUGCAAUGCAAAACGAUAAGAAGGUUAACGAAUUGGAAAGUGAAUUAGUAAAAGAGAAAGAAAAAAAUGUGUCUUUACUAAAACAAUUACAGGAAUCAGAAAAUAUCGUAACAGAAAACCAGGAAUUCAAAGAAUUGCGUACAAAAUUCUGGCGGGUUGAGAGGGAAUUAGGCAAUGCUAAAAUAGAUAAACGAAUUUUAGAAAGGGAACUGAAAGAUUCUCAAGGUGAAAUCAAGCAACUAACCGAAAAAAUACAUGAUUUUGAAGAAGUUGGCAAAAAGGCGAAGAGUGUUCAUGAAUCUGCUUUAUUAGAAUUAAAUAACAUAAAUGAAACUUUAACAUUGGAGCUCAUAAAAUUCAAGGAUGAAUGUAGAAUUAUGGAAGAAACUCUAAAGAAAGAAAAAAUGAAAUUCGAAGGCGAAAAAUCUACAAUUUUAGAACUAAAGGAUAUAAUACGAUCAAAAGAUGAUCAGAUCAACUCGUUGAAUUCUGACUUUAAUUUGAUGAAGAAAGAGAGAAAUAACUUGGAAAAUCAAAUUAAAACAUUAGAAAACGGCAAGUGUGAACUGAUGCAUUUAUUGGAAUCGUUACAGAAAGAGAAGGGAGAUAUUUUAAAUGAAUCCAAUAAAAUUAGAAGAGAAUUGCAGAAUACAAAUUUGAAUCUUACCGCAUUGCGAGAAGCUUGUACUCUUUUGGAAAACCAGGUUAUUGAGUAUGAAAAAUUGGUCGCCUCGUUUGAAAGUAAAGAAAAAGAUUUGAACCUUAAUACAGAAAAAUUAAUAAAAGAUUUGUGCGAUGUUAAGAGGGAACUACAAGAGACCAAAAAAUUAGUUAACGAGGAGAAAUCUUUGAAGCUGUUUGCUGAGACCAAAAUAAAAAAAUUAAAUGAAGACAUAGAUUGCCUCCAAAACGAAUGUAUAUCUUACAAGCAACAGAGCUCUGAAUAUAGACAAUUUUCGUCGGGUUUGUCAAACGAAUUAUCUGCCACAGAAGAAAAAGUCAGUGGUCUUGAACUGACGGUAAAGGCGUACGAGCGUCUAAUUGAAGAAAUGAGAUCUGAAGUUCGUCACCUGAAGCAAGAAACCUCUGAUUACUUAACCCAACUUAAUAAAUCCAAAGAAUUAACAUACAAAUUGAAGCAUCAACUAAGCGAACAAAAGGAAGAAAAUGAGUCUGUGAAACAACAUUUGCACGAAACACAAAGAAUUCUAACAGAAAAAUCUAGCUACUAUAAGGAGCGAGAGAUGAAGUAUGAUGCUACUAUCAAACAACAAAUCAAAUUAAUUGAUUAUUUACAAUUAAAGAUUGAUGAACAAAAUCACAAGAAAAAAACUCUAACGGAGGUCAUAUUUGGUAGUUCAAAGAAAGAAAAUCAUCCACCUUUGUCUCUCUCGAUGAACUACAAAGAUUUAGAGUAUCAGUUGCUAAAAGAACGCCAGAAUAACCAACAACUUAAUGAAGAAAUAUAUAAACUGAAAGCUGCUACUAUGAUUCAGGAAACCAAUAAAGUGGCAGAUAGAAUAAAGGCUGAAAGGUCUAAAUCGGAAGUUUUAUCUCCAAAAAGCAAGGCAGCGAUGCAACUACUCGUUAAUUCUCCAAGUAAACAAAAAGAAUUUAACAGGCAAAAUUCUCAACGAAGGAUGCAUCACAAUAUACCUCACAGGUUCGAAUCUAAAUUUAGCAGAUCAUCGACCAAAUGUUCCGGAUGCUCAGAACCUAUUUCUCUCGGACGUACUGUAGCAGUUUGUUCUGAAUGUACUCUCCAUGUUCAUAUGGAAUGUAAAUCAGACGUUCAAAAUACUUGUGGCCUGCCCGCGGUUUAUGCUAGACAUUAUAAAGAAAGCCUACCAACCAAUGAAGAAAAAGUCGAGCUUAAUAAUUCUAAAGACGAUGUAAACGUCGAGGGGUGGAUUAAAGUACCCGGGAAACUUAACACGUGGGAAAAACGAUAUGCUGUUCUAACAGACAAAGCUAUAAAAAUUUUCUCAACUUCACCAAAGGAAAAAUCUGCCGUUCUUCUGGAAAGUUUUGAACUAAAACCUAGUAACACUCACGGGAAAGUAAUUUCAGAACCUCUCUCUACAGAAAUCGGAAUACCAGUAGCGAAUAGCGAUAUACUUUUCGUAUUAAAAGUAGAGGUUACUCCGGAUACUACGUGCUGGCCUCCAAAAUCUCUAGUCUUCCUUACUCUCUCAGCACAAGAUAAAGAUAAGUGGUUCUUAGCUUUACAAAAAAUAUACUACGAUGAUCUAGACAAGCCGAAAUGUGAUAGGCUAUUGAUAAUGCCGGAAGAUGUAGAAGUUUCGUGCAUUGUAGAAUUAACAGAAAAUAUUAAAGUACUAGGAACAUCAAGUGGUCUCUAUUCUUAUUAUGAUAACACCCUUCUAUAUAUUGCAGGCCUGAAAAGUGUUCAUCAAAUAUGCAUAAUGUCCACUACAAAUAAGGUUUUAAUGACUGUUAACGAAAAUCGAAGUGUAAUACGUUGUGAUUUGAAUCAUAUGAUCAAUCUAACCCAAUGUUAUUCUCAGUCUACAAAACCAAAAUUAAAAUUUGUAGAGGUUGAUGUAUUAAAUUUAAGCGGCUUUCACAUUUUGCAGGUGUCACAUUUUUCCAAACAUCUUAAAAUUUGUGUGGCGAAUGAAAGGCACUUAUUGAUUCUCGGAAUGGACUCAGACACAUCUGAAUUUGUUCCCAUAAAAAGACUGGAUACCGCAGAACCAACAGGAUGCGCCUUAUUCACAGAAACUAGUUUAAUAGUAGGAGCUGAUAAGUUCUUCGAAAUUGAUCUGGAAACUUUUCAGGCCGAGGAAUUUCUGGAUGCUUCGGAUGCUAAACUGAAACAAGCUCAAAGUUGUUACAAGAUGGGCUCCUUUCCUUUGGCUAUCAUUCAAGUCUGCAAAAAUCCCAAAGAAUAUCUACUAUCUUUCAAUGAAUUUUCAGUAUUCGUCGACGAAUAUGGCAGAUCAACUAGACAAAAUGAACUGAAAUCGGAUCACUUACCUUUAGCAUUUCAUUUCAGCAAAUCCUAUUUGUAUGUAUGUCAAUUUUCAGCUGUAGGAAUCCUGAAAAUAUCAGAAGAAACUUGCAACAACGACGAAAAACCAGACAUUGUUCGAGUUGAAUUGGAUAAAUUUAAGUAUUUAGGUUCAAAUAAACAGGGUAUAUUCAUAGGUGUCAACAAUGAAGUUAGGUUUUUAAAUGGUAGUAAGUUUAUUCCUUUGGACGACAGUUCUUUGGAAAUUGACAAUUCUGAUAACUCUGAAGAUAGGUUUACUUUUAGUAGUUCGAUUGUACAAAGUUUGGAUGGAAAUUUGAGUGAUAACGAGAGCGUGGAAGAUAAGCUCAAGAGGGUUAGGUUUUCAGAAACUGAUUUGUAACGUUGUUCCAAUGCUCACUGAGAAUUUUUCCAACGCUAGCUUAAUUAUAUUUAGUUCCUUUGAUUUAUUUUAGCACGGAGCCAAUAACUCCGUACUGUUUGCCAAAAAUUCGAUACGAAUAUCACAAUUUAUUUUAUAGAUUUUGUAGAUUGGGAUUUAUUUUCACAUAACUUUAACAUACCUAAGUAAUUAAUAGUUCAGAUUCUGUACGAUUCUGUAGUUCUGUACGAUUCAAUGUACAAUUUGCGUUUUCUCCUUUUGAUAUAACUGUUCAUCAAUAUUCGUCUUUAGUCAAUUUUAAUAAUCAUAAAGAAAAAUGUUUAGGACUUUUCAUUGUUUGUCCUUCUGAUAUGGUCUAUUAUUGCCAAUUCUAUUUUCGGAUGAUGUCAUUUUUAUUGGUCUCUGUAUCUGUUGUGGUUGCCUUAUAAUGCAUUUAAAAUUAUUUAUACUGCCUUCUAAUUCCAAUCUUUACUGUCAUCUCAAAACAGUUUUUUAUUCACAUGGAUAUUAAUAUCCAUAUUUUCAUUCCUAUCUUGUCAUAAAUUUGAAGAUAUAUGUAGGUAGGAUGAAUAUAUUUUUAUUUCUGGGGAUGUUUCGGAUUCAAUAGGCAUGUUGAUUAUUAAAAAAAAAAGAUUUUAAAAAAAAAUGCACAAUACAACCCAACAUAUUGACUAUUAUUUUUUAAUAUUACUUUAAGCAGUAUGUAUUACGUUGGUCAAUAAGUCCUGGUCCUACUAGUAAAACAACAUUUAUUUUCAAAAAUUAUUCUUUGUUCAUCAAAAUUAUCUCUUUUAGUAAUGAUACAAUCAUUCUAACGCUUUUCUAAUUUUUAGAUGCCUUCCUUGUAAAACGAUUAACUUUGCCUUCAAAUUAGGUUCAGUUUCGGCGAUUGCUUCCUCAUUGGAGAUAUAUCUCUUGCCACGGGGCAUUUUUUAGAUCAAAGAAAAGGUGGUAAUCGCUGGGGGCCAGAUCUGGACUAUACGGUGGGUGCGGAAGCAGUGGCGUAGCGUGAGUGUCGGCUGCCCGGGGCGGAGGACAAUUUUGCCGCCCUCUUAUUUAGGUAUUUUAAUUUAAUGUAUACUAUACAUUACAUACAUUAAUUAUAAAGAACUUUUCGGCGAGAACAGUCAUCAUUAUUUUGCAUUAUACAGAUUAGAUUUUAAAUAAAAAAGUUUAUCUAAGUUUUACAAUCACGUUUUAUUUUUUAUCCUGUCAAUAUUAUCUGCAAAGCAUUUACUUUCUGAGCGCACAAUUUUAUGUCAAGUCCCCUUGUUUGUAAAUAUUUUUGUGCAUCAUUCACUUCAUGUAGCACCGGUUGCCACAGGCCCAAAAAACAAAGAAAUGAAAAUGACUGUAUCGAAACUAGUAAAGCACCUGCAUCUGUCCUAGUGUUUAAGCUUUCACAUGCCUCUGUCAGUUUUUCCAAAGUGACGAGAAUGCCUUUGUAAUGAUGCCAUGUCACAUUUACGGCAUCGCCUCUUGCACUCCACCGCGUGUCUUGAACCCUUUUUAAGAAGCUUUUGCCUGUAGCUGCUAUCAUAACUUCCCAACGAUGUGCCGAUGAGGAAAAAAGAAUAGCAACGUUCUAAAGUGCCGAAAAAAUUUACUGAAUCCACCUCAACUGAGGCAGCGUGUAAACAAACUAUCGUCGGCUUAGGGACACACAAACCUAAUUCGGGUAAGGGCGAACUUCCUAUGAUAUUAUCAUAAGAAGUUCGCCCUUACCUGAAAUGUAGUUAGGUUUGUGUGUCCCUAAGCCUACGCUAUGUUUAACGAAUGAUUUGAGCAAGGUACGAAUUCAGCUUUAAGAUUUAUUUCUUAAAUCCUUUGCUGAACUCCUGAAUACUUUCCAGCCAUAACAGCAGCAUUAUCAUAUGCAUGCCCUCUACAGUUGCUUAUAUCUAGGCCAUCAGCUUGAAUCUUGUCCAAAAUCAUCUUUGAAAUUCCUUCAGCAGUUUUGUCUUUAGUUUCAAUAAAAUCUAUAAAAGAUUCCAUUACUUUUACUUCCUGAUUUUCAAUUACUACGUAUCUUAAUACGUGAGUCGUUUGAUCCUUAUGAGAAAGAUCUGGAGUGCUGUCGAAUAUAAUUAUUGAAUAAUAAUUAGCCUUAUUUUUUAUUUGCCCGAUGAUAUGUUGGCGAACAUUAUUUCCCAAAAUGGCAAUAAAUUCGUUUUGUAUUUGUGGUGACAUAUAAGUGAUUAAAAUUUUGCCACACAUUUUAGAACUUACAAUAUGUUCACGAAGUACAGGAUCGUAUUUUGCAAUUAAAUUAACUAAUUCUAAAAAGUUCCCUCCAUUGGUACUGGUGUCGUUUUCUAUAUGUCCACGCGUAGCCAAAUUUUGUUUGGCAAGGAAUCUUAUAAUAUCAAACAUUCUGAUAAGAAUUUCCAGCCAUUUCUUUAUUUCUUUUGCCUCUAUGUCUUGCUCUUUUUUGUCAGUAGUCUGUCCUUUUUGAAGUCUGCUCUCCAACUCCUUCCAUUUGCAAUAAUUUUGGAUGUGUAGUGCACUUGAUUCGUGACUUGAAACCUUAGGAUUUAAUUUCCACCAAGUAUUAAAUCCAUCAGAUGAGCAAAAUUUAGAUCCGUCCGGUGUAUUUACGUUAUCAAAUAAACGACAACAAAAGCAAAAUAAUCAUGCUUUAGAUGGAGAAUAAGCCAUCCAAGUUCGUAAAACUUUUUCGCCGUUAGUCAAUGUAUGGCAAAACCAUUUCUUAGUAAGCCGUCUUGUCUCUCCUUUUGAUUUUAAAGAUUCCGUGCUCCUUUCAAUCGGUCCGAAUUUGUAGUUGCGAUAAAAAUAUAAAAUGGUUCAAAUAUUUACAAAAUAUUUUUAUCAUUUAUUGUUAAAUUUUGCCGCCCAUAAAAAGUUCCGCCCCCACUACGCUACGCCACUGUACGGAAGCAAUUCAAAGCACAAUGUGUGCAUUUUUACAGUCGUUUUCAUCCACUUGUGACGCGGUGCAUUGUCUUGGUGAAACAACAAUUUUUUCUUACACAAAUGAGAGCUUUUCUUUGCGAUUUCGGUCUACAAACGGAUAUAGUAGUGAUUGUUUCUCCAUGAUUCAAAUAGUCUGCGGGUCCCAAAUUAUGUCAUAACCUUUCCGGCUGUUUGUUUGCGUCUUUGGGCGGCUUUCUUCUGGUGCAGUCCACUCAAAUGACUGUCUAUUUGAUUCCAGAGUGAAUUGAAGAAUCCAUGUUCCAUCUAUUGUGACAUACCGAUGCAAAAUCUCCGAUUUUUUUCCGAUUAAACAUGUACAAACAGCGCCCACAUUCAUUAAUUCGUUGUUUGUUUGGAUCUGGUGUGAAAAAUGCGGCACCCAUUUGAAAAACAACUUUCUUAUCUUCAAAUUUUCAUGUAUAAUAGUCAAAACUUUUGAUAACUUAUGUGUUGUCUACUCUUGCAACUUCCCUUUGCUGUUUUCCAUAAUAAUUUUCAGCAUUUUUAGAUGUUUUCGGGAACAACUGCAUCAAUUGGUCUUCCAAAGUGCUCAGCAAGUUGGUUUCAGUACAACAGUGCAGUGUUUGAAUUUAGUCAACCAUCGUUUAAUGGUUGCAAUCGAUGGAACAGACAAUCGGUAACACUUUUUGAGCCAUUGCUCAGUUUGGACCGUGAUAAAUAACAGUGAUAAAUCAACAUACAAAAUUGCUUUGAGUUUAUUGUUCAUAAACAUCACAAAGUUUUGUCACUUCAAGCACUGUAACUGGGUAAUUGGUAAUCCGAAUGACAUGAAAUUUUGACAGCAGACUCUUGAAGGUUAGGGAAAAUUCAUUAGAGGCGCCAUGUCAUAGUUAGGCCAGAUAAUUAUUGACGUACGUAUUAUUUUAUAUUCGCUGACACCACACGUUCCCAACACUGUAUCAGAGGUUCCCAACCAGUGUGCCGGGCACACUGGUGUGCCCUGAAGUCCCUGUAGGGGUGCCGCGAAAUUUGAUUAUACUCACUAUUAUUAUAGAGAUAAUUUACUUAAGUGUGCCUUGACUGAACCAGUUUUUCAGUUAGUGUGCCUCAAGCUAAAAAAGGUUGGAAACCGCUAGUUAACAAUUUGUGGACAAAGCUUAUACAAAAUAAAAAAUACAA